UACAGUUAACCAUAAACGUGCAUUUCACUAAUCUUGAUUCAGUGGGCGGAAUGAGAUGAUAAACUCCAUAGACAUAUUUAAUAGUUCUAUGGUAAAAUCAGCAUUGAUUUUCUAUGCAUGUCUAUUUUCGACUACAGAAUAAAAUAUAUUUGUUAGAGAAAGUAGAAAUACAAGGCAUAGAAAUACUUGGUCACCUGCCAUUUGUUCAAAACUGUCAAAACAUUGGAUAAAGCGAUUGAUGUUUUCACGAGAAAUAUGGAAGAUACGAAGUCUCUUCUCAUGAUGGUACUUCAGAAAGUAUUCCAUAAUCGGCCAAAAAUUGUUGAAGAAACAUUUCAACUCAUUUAUAACUACAACAAUGGUAAAAGGGAGAAAAAGGAAUAUGAGAAGGCAUACUUUGAAGACUAUUUGUGAUUUAAUGAAUGGUGAGUUAUCGUCCCAAAUACUUGUUUAUCUUCUAACCAUGGUAGAUAUGCCUAAGGAAGGUGGCUGCCAGUUACCUAUCAUGGAGAAAAUGCAAAAAACCCAUGGAUGUUUGGCUGAAAGUGUACGACCACAUCUUCUCGAAUGUUUGAAAAACAAAAAACAGGAAUAUGAUGAAAGUGGAACAAUUAUGGACAAAAAUAAGUCCACUGUUCAAGAAAAGAAGACAGAAGAUAAAAAAGAUUCUAAAUGUUUAAAAAAAGAAAAUACAAUCAUCAAGUCAUCAAGUGAUGACGACUUCACUACGAAAUCAAUGAAACGACCAAAAAGAGCAAGUAAGGGGACUAUUAAAAAAACACAAAAUUCACAUAUUGAAGAACGAAAUGAUCCAAAGAUUGUGGAAAGCUUAGCCCAAAUGAGUGCCAAUUACUGUACAAGAUAUGAGGUUGAGUUGCGAGAAAUGUACAAGACAAAAUUAAAUACUGCCUGGGAUAUGCUUUAUAAAAAACUAUUGGAUAAACCAACGAUGAAUAAAAUCUACGAAGUUAUCAAAUAUCUAAACCGAAUGAUGAAACUUGUGAGAAUGGUCGAAAAUAACGAGGUGACCAUGGAGAUAAUUAAGGAGGAAUAUCCGGAUAUUGAGAUUUUGGCUAGAAUAAGGCAUCAGCAAGAAUUUACGAACCCGUUCGACAAAAUCGAUAGAUGCUUGAAGAAAUUGAGACGUGAAUGAAGAUAUCUUCAUUCCAAGAAAAUAAUUGGAUUUUAUGUAAUUCGCAUUAGUUCUGACUUGAGAAUUUUCAUAUUUUAAUUGUUUCCAAUAUGAUUAUAAGAUUAAAUUCUG